UCUAUUUUAAUACCCUUAACUUUGAUUUUAUGGCCGGGUGUGAUUGGUUCAUGACGCAGUAAGCAGACCAUAUUCCGUUCUGGGCAACUCAAUAAUCACGCUGUUCAUGCACUCUUAUCAAAAUGGAUGCUCAAACCAACUUUUUGCUUUUGUUCUCCUCAUUGUCUGUUUGCAGCUUGCGCAAUAUUGAAAUUCAAGAAUUCUCCUUCUGGGCAGAGGAGAUCUACUCUUCGGCAGUUCAGAGUUACGCCGAUCUCCUGGAUUAUAUAUAUACAACCAUCCGAAACCUCCGCUUGUGCAUACUUCCCUACAAUCCAUGCAGAUAAUUGGUAACUUGCGGCGGGAUAACAGUCGAUCAGUAGUAAAUACUCUCUUUCUCGAUCUCAAUAUAUCCAAAUUGGUG